AUGUUGAAGAUAAUAAGUGUCAAAAUGAUGAUUGUACUGACGAUAGUAAUUUGUGCGAUUGUAACGGUUGAAACGGAAGCACAGAGUACCUUGUUGGGUUUAGAACCCGCGUUGGUGUUAGACGCGAAAGACAUUGAAUCCUCCGUGCAUCGAACUCGAAGUCUUCCGCAACCGGAAGAACAUUUACAAGGAAAUUGGUCGACGCUCAGCGAGAUAUUGGAUGUCUAUAACACGCGAUGGCUCGCCGAGAAUUGGAUCGAGGGAGAAUAUCCGGUUACGGAAGAAUGUUCAAAAGACAUAACGCGAUUCAUCGAUGGAUUAAAACGUGAAGACUUAUGGGCCAGGAAAAUGGAAGAUGCUUCUGGACGAUUCACUAACGGCUUCUUUUGGGGGAAUUCUUUUUUUACGGGUUCUGCGACCGAGUGUAAUUUCAUUGGUAUGGAUUACAACAAGGAUAAUCCGCAGUUCACGAAUGCCCCAGCUGAAACACGUGAAUUCACAACUGAACCGAGGAAGAAAAAAAAUCAUGGACUUAGCGGAGACAGUCUCCUGUCUCCGACCAUAUCCGAUAUGGCACCGUUUAAGAUAGGAUUUUACAUGCUGAAGAUCAAUAUCAAUGGAUCCGUCAGCCCUGUGUCGCGACAGAUUCAUUUGGGAGUUUGUUUGCCAUUUUCCUGUUCAGCUUCGGACGUAUCAAUUGUGGCGAGAUUAGCGACUAGUAAAGCGGCAGCGAAACAAUCAAGUAUUGAGAAAGUUCGUGAUCAACACAACCCCUACGAUAUAUACGGGGAUUCGGUCUUCUGGGCUUUGUUCGGAUCCACCGUAUUAGUUAUCAUACUGAUGUCUGCUGGGACUAGCUACGAUUUGUAUUUGACGAAAAAAGCAAGACGUGCAGCGAUCAAUUACGAUCUGGAGAAACAUUCCAAGCUGGAACAAAUCUCAGGCGAAAAAGACUCGAAUGUGUCCGAUCACGGUGUGAAUGGUACAACACCCGUUAAUAAUAAUAACGAUCACGAAGCCAGCCCUGCACCACCUAUGGAACCGGAAAAAUUGACGACCUGCGAGGAAUUAUUGUUGUCCUUCUCAGUUCGUGCAAAUUUGAGAACAAUUUGCGAUAAAACGGUUGGCAGAGAUACCCUCAGCACUCUUCAUGGUCUUAGGGCGAUAUCCAUGGCCUGGGUAAUUCUUGGCCACACGUGUAUCGUCGUAUUCAAGUAUUCCGACAAUAUGGAGUACCGUAAGGUCGUGGAGAAGAGAUUUCUCUUUCAGACGGUAACAAGCGGUGCUUUCAGCGUGGAUACCUUCUUCUUCAUGGGAGGUCUUCUAGUAUCGUUCCUCUACUUCAGAACGAAUGCCAAAGGCGAUUUGUCCAGGCUAACUCAAGGAACGCGUGGAUUUGUCGCUGGCUUAUUGCAGUUUGGAGGUUUCAUUACCUAUAGAUUUUGCCGGCUAACCACGCCUUACAUGUUUGUACUCGGGGUAGUUGAAGUUUCCAUGAAAUGGUUUAAUGCCAAUUCAGUUUUCGAACCACCCACAGCCGACCACUUCAACUGUCCGAAUUAUUGGUGGAGGAAUUUACUUUACAUCAACACUUUAUUUCCGGUUGAAGAAAUGUGUAUGUUGUGGAGUUGGUACGUCGCUGAUGACACCCAAUUCUAUAUCGUCGGUGCAAUUAUAUUAAUUGUAGCAACGAGUCAUGUAAAGAUCGCCGCUUUCGCUACCGGCGUGUUACUCGUAAGUUCCUGGACAACAACUGCGUACAUCGCUUACUCGAACAAUCAUAUGCCAAGUUCGGACGAUCCCUUGGCUUUGUUUGAUAAAAUUUAUGACAAGCCAUGGACGAGACUGGGUCCUUAUCUGAUCGGAAUGUCCGUCGGAUAUUUACUCUUCAAGACGCACUGUAAAAUAACAAUGUCGAAGAUGACGGUUACAGUUGGCUGGCUCUUGUCCACCGCUUGUCUCCUCAGUUUGCUCUACGGCUUGUACGAGGCUGAGUUGAGUCCUGCAACCGCAGCUGCAUAUUCUUCGUUAAGUCACAGUGCAUGGGCACUUGGAUUGGCAUGGAUCGUCGUGGCCUGCAGUACCGGUUACGGAGGUUUCGUGAACACAAUAUUGUCAGCUCCUGUUCUUUACCCGUUCAGCAGAGUCACAUAUUGUGCUUAUCUCGUCCAUCCGAUCGUCAUCCGAUUAACUGCCAUGAAUCUAGACGCGCCGUUCCACCUAGGAAAAGAUACGGUGAUGAUAACUUUCCUCGGGCAAGUCGCGCUUUCCUAUUCGUUGUCAUUUGCGAUAUCACUGGCGUUCGAAGCUCCGGUAGUCAGUAUGUUGAAGAUCGUCGCCCCUAACAAGAGAAGACGAAUUCAAUGAGAUUUUUGAAUAUACAUGAAGAUACGUUACGUAUUAUGCAGUACGAUUGUUUGAAAAAAUGUGAUUCUCCUUGCGGAGUGCAGCGGGUGCAGCUGCAGCAGUUGUAGAGUGAAGAGAAAGCUUAUUAAUUCGAUAGAAAUUAUUUGACUUUAUUUUAUCCUGUUGUUAUUUAGUAUAUUUUGAUACUACGUUACAGUUCAAAUAUUUCUAUAUAUACCAAGGCAUAUACCUGUAGAGUGAAAAUUUAGAAAUAUUUCAAAUCCUUCAACCCUUAAUAGAGAAAAAGAUGUAUUUCAGGAAAUUCGCGAAAAUAAGUUAUUUAAAUUAUGUGCCUUACAAUUAAUUUAAAUUAUAAUUCUUACAUCAUAUCCUUAACAUAAUAUUAGUAUAUGUGUGCGUACUUAUUAGAUAUAGGUAAAGUUUACCAUUAGCUUGUAAAUAAUAAAAAAAAACAAACACUUUCUAUAUAAAAUUAAAUUCAGCUAAGUUGUGAUUCAUUAAUGUUCAUCCAUUUUACGCGAUGUAAUGACACUUGCCUGUCUAUGAUUAUGGCAAAUUAUAUGCAAUAAUAAUUGAGGCAUUGCAAUCA